GCUCCCAGCUCUCGAGAACAUCGUCCAUGGCUGACGUGUCGCGAGUCUCCUCACGGAAAUCUUCGAUUUCGCGAACCGUACGCGAUCGACAGCGUGCUAGGAGGACUGGGCAGAACGGAACACCGAUGUGUUAAAAUUGAGAACGAUGUCGGUGCUGCCUCAGGCUCAUUUAAGGCCGCAUUGGCGGUUCGUUAGAAUCGUUUUCCGUUUCAUAUUUCGCGAGACACGACAGCUGUGCAAUCUGCAAAUUGACAUUCACCCAUUACGCGAAUCUCCAUUAAUUAUCGUUUAAAGAUUUCGAGAGACGCGAGAUAUAUAUAUAUAUAUAUUUCGAUGUUGAAAAUAGUUUUUACGUUACGUCAUUAAUUAAAUAAUUAUAUGAAUGGAAACUUAUGAAAUAAUAGGAUUUGAAGAAUCUUUGCAAGUUCCUUAUUAGGCAGCCAAUGAACGCGACGAAUGAGACUAGUGUCACGUGAUACUUCACGUGAAAACGGAGUCGAAAGUUUAUUUGACAUUUGCUUCGACUCCGCGAAUUCGCAUUUUCUAAUGUCAAAUUUGGAAGCCGCAUAAUGAAUUGUCAUUUAUCAUUAUAGUAGAUUAUAUUGUCACUUAGAACAAUAUUCGGAGCAUUCAAAUAUGACAGAGAUAGAAUGGAUCUCAAAACCUACGGAAUAUGGAUCUGUAAAGUUUGCAAGUCUAGAGGAAGCUAUAGAUCAUCCUUUAAAACCAGUUGUAAUCACUUUAAUUGAGGGACGUAACUCAACUAGACGCAAUGCAUUACGAAGUACAAGUACCAGUUCUUCCACUGGAGUCACACCGACAUAUACACCAGUUCCUACGAAUCCAUUGAGCGAUACAUUGCUAAGCCAUCCUUCCUUGGAUGGAUCUGAUCCUCUUACACAGUUUGCUCGAGAAGAACUUGAUCCUCUUUCCAAAAUGGCUGCAGAUGAAUGGGAUUAUUCUAAUGUUGCACAAGUUAGUAAAAUAAAAGAUACAGCGGAAGAAUUAGUUGAGCCAUGGUCUGUUAGACGGUCUGCUAUAUUGAGUAAAUACACAACUUCUGAGAAACUAUCAAUUGUUACUAGUUUCUUACCGGGUGGAGAAAAAGUUGUAGUGAAAGUUCAGCCAAGUGGCUCGAUGGUUGACAAAGUAAAAACGCGAUUGGAGCAAUUGGAUGAUUUUGAGGAAAGCCCUGUACGACAAAUGUUGGACUUAUCACAGCAGCAGUAUACUGCGCGAAUUGAGCAACUAAAUAAUGAACUAGUACAAGCAUGGCAUUCCGAUCAAAGAGUAAAGGCGCUCAAAAUUGCAAUACAGUGUGCCAAAGUAUUAGUAGAUACAUCUGUAAUGGCUUUCUAUCCAAGCAAGUUUGUUCUCAUCACUGAUAUAUUGGAUAUCUGAAAGCUUGUAUAUGAAAGAUUGAAAGUAAAGGCUGAGUACUACAAGCCGGGAAGCAAAGUACCUACGAGUUUACCCGACAAUUUUACGCCUGAUAUGGUUCCUGAGAAUGCAAAGGAAACGUGUCGUAAUUGGUUUUACAAGAUAGCCUCUAUACGCGAAUUAGUGCCUCGUUUGUAUGUAGAAAUGGCGAUAAUAAAAUCUUACAGUUUUCUAACAACAAGCGAAUUUAAUACUGCUCUAUUACGUAUAACUCAUAUGAUAAGAGGAAUCGGAAAUCCAUUGAUAGCGGUUUACGCGAGAUGUUACUUAUGUCGCGUGGGAUUGGCAUUGAACAAAACAUCAGAUUUGGAAUUUGUGCGAGAAAAUUUCUACGGCUUUCUUUUUACUUACCAGCAGCUAUUUGGACCUGCUGUGAAGAAUGAAUUAACAAAGCAGAAUCUCACUCUACAUUCCUAUUUGAAUCUUUAUUCACCAGCGUUGGAUUGGAUCGUACAAGUUUUGGUGGUAACAUCGCCUGAGAGUCUCCUCGAGGAAGUUUUGUCUCGCUGUAAACAACAAGAGAAUGGAUCAUUAUUAUUGAAUACAGUAUUGACUGCAUUUAAACCUACGUAUGUUGCCGCACGUGCUAUGGACUUUGUAAAUUUAAUAGUAGCGAGCGAAGACGAUGGAUAUCCUCAAUAUUUGCUCUAUAGAAGUUUAGGAGAGUGUCUUGUACGAGAAUCUCCACCAAAAGAAGACUGUCAAUCAGUGCUUAAUAUAAUAUGGAAAUAUAUAACGGAUCUCACAGACCCUAACAAGUUUAUGCAUUGCAUUGAGAUUUGGAUUCUCACUGUCAUACAUUUUUCUGUAAGUUGA